AUGUUUAGCUUCUUCAUCAGGAAAGGCGUCAGAAAGAUCCUCAAGCGCAAAGACAGCGAUGCUGGUGAAAAAGGAAGAGCGUUGGAAGAUGUGAGAGCUUCUCUCUUUAAUCAAUUCCGUUCCUCUGAAGGUGCAAAGCGUCAACAGCAGCGCAUAUGUGGUCCAGCUGUUGCACUUUCCUUCAAUUUUCUGGUUGCAGUUGGUAUUAUUUUCAUGAACAAAAUGGUGCUUCAAACUGUUAAAUUCAAAUUCCCCAUACUUCUUACACUAAUUCACUAUGUAGUGAGCUGGUUCUUCAUGGCAUUACUAAAAGCAUUUUCUCUCCUUCCGGCUUCUCCUUCCUCAAAAUCAACCCCGUUGUCUACUUUAUUUACUCUUGGCUUUGUUAUGUCUCUAUCCACGGGCUUUGCUAAUGUCAGCUUGAAGUAUAAUAGCAUUGGUUUCUAUCAGAUGGCAAAGAUUGCAGUGACACCAUCAAUAGUUUUUGCAGAAUUUGUAUUGUAUAGGAAGAAAGUUUCUUUCCCGAAGGCAUUAGCAUUAACAGUGGUAUCUAUUGGUGUUGCUGUGGCAACCGUGACAGAUCUGCAGUUCCAUGUAUUUGGUGCUUGUGUAGCAUUGGCAUGGAUUGUUCCCAGUGCUGUAAACAAAAUCUUGUGGUCUAGACUGCAGCAGCAGGAGAACUGGACUGCUUUGUCGCUAAUGUGGAAAACCACACCCAUUACUUUAAUUUGCCUGGCUGCUAUGUUACCCUGCUUAGACCCGCCAGGCGUUCUCUCCUUUGAUUGGAACUUCAACAAUACUUUGGUGAUUUUUGCAUCAGCUAUCCUUGGAUUCUUGCUUCAGUGGUCUGGUGCUUUGGCGCUUGGGGCUACAUCUGCCAUCUCCCACGUUGUCCUUGGACAGUUCAAGACCUGUGUCCUCCUUCUAGGAAACUAUUAUCUCUUUGGAUCCAAUCCUGGCAAAACCAGUAUCUGUGGCGCAUUCACAGCUAUUGCUGGUAUGUCUAUUUACACUUACCUUAAUCUAAGGCAACAAUCAAACAAGCCAUCACCUCGACAGGCUUCCAAUUUACCAAAAUCUAAACUGAGCAAAGAAAAUGGCAGCACCCAUGAUGGACAUUAUGGAGCAGAAUCUGUCUAA